CGAUGUUUUGAAUGGGAAAUAAAGAUAUUUCACUGCAAAUUUCUUUGAAUUUACCAUCUUUUAUCACACCAGUCCCAACAAAGAUUUGUUAAAAGAUGGCAAACAACAAGAAAGUUGAAGUUGUUGUUCGCCUACGCCCCCUCGUCGAUGAAGAAGAAAGCUGUGUGGAGGUUAUUGAUGGGAAUACUGUGGAUAUUGUCAACUUCAGAAAUUCUGAUGAACACCUUCGUUACAGCUUCUCGAAAGUGUAUGACCAGUCAGCAAGCCAAGCUGAUGUAUUUGAAGGAACCGUUGAGCAGCACAUCAAUAGUGUAAUGAAUGGUCAGAAUGCAUCCAUUCUUGCUUAUGGGCCAACUGGUGCUGGUAAAACACAUACCAUUCUUGGGAGACCAGAAGACCCGGGUAUUAUACCGAGGACGGUGAAGAAACUGUUUGAUCUGAUUGAGAAAGAGAAGACGUCUGAUUCUGAAUGCACCUACACAACACAUCUUUCAUUCUUGGAGAUAUAUAAUGAAAGAGUGAUUGAUUUGUUGCAAAAGAAACCAUUCGAUCUGCAGAUCCGAGAAGAUCAGAAACAUGUCAUCCAGGUUCCGGGAUUGGCAGAAAAAGAAAUCAGCAACUACGAUCAAUUCAAUUCAGUGUUUGGUCCAGCAUCACAGAACAGGACAGUAGCCAGCACCAAAUUGAACGAGUAUAGCAGCCGAAGUCAUUCUAUCAUGCUGCUGAAGAUUGUUAAGAAGAUCGAGAAACGUACCUACUCUGGAAAGCUGUACAUCAUUGACCUUGCUGGUUCAGAGAAUAAUAAAAGGACGGGUAACCAAGGCAUACGACUCAGAGAAUCUGGUGCUAUUAAUAACUCCUUAUUUGCCCUUGGGAAGGUGGUUGAUGCUUUGACACAACACUUGCCACGAAUCCCUUACAGAGAUUCAAAACUGACACGGUUACUUCAGGAUUCCUUUGGCGGUAAUAGCAAUGCUGUCUUGAUAGCCAACCUCUGCCCAGCAAUGCCAGACUACAUGCUCACAUACGCUACAUUGAACUUUGCAAGUAAAACAAAAACAAUUGUAAACAAACCUACGGUCCAUGAAGUGAUCGAGAAACCCACCACCAUCAAACGACACUCUGGCACACUGAUACAGAUCCCGGAAAAGAAAGCGAGACAAGAAUUGAGGCAGCCGCAACCUGCUCUCAGCCCGUUGCUCAAAAAUCAGAAGAACGUACAAAAACAAGUUGACAGUAUUAGUGAACGGCUUGGCUCACUUGAAAAGACUUUGUUGGAUCAAAUAAAGGGUUCAGGGAAUACUGACGAUAAAUAUUUGAAUGAAGCGGUUGCCAAGGCAACAGCUAUACAGUUGAAGGUUGUCAAGGAGCAGCUGUUUGCCAUUAAGAAAGAGAAUGAGCAGGUGCCUGAUUACAAGCAGGAUUCGUCGACAUCACUUCAUCGAAAAGGACCAAAAGUUGCCAAGGUAAUACCAAGGAAAAGGGGCACAGGGUCAGAAGAUAGUAAAGAAAAUAAAUCGUCGGAUGAAGAACACACAGACAACCGAUCUCCUGUGAGUCGUGAGAGACCAAAGCGUGGAAAGAAGACUUUGAUGGAGGAUCCAUUGGAUGCUUCACCAAGUUCCCUGUUUGUAAAUGAUUCAGCAGUAUUCAUCAAGAAGAGGAAAUUUAGAACAACUGCGCUUAAACUGAGUUCAGAUGAAAAUUCCCCAAGUGCUGCCGUUGAUAUCUUUACACCUAAAAAAUCUGGAAAACAGUUAAAAGAUAGCUUAAAAAAUAUAUUUUCCCCUACACCAAGAAAACCUGUCAUCAACCCAGAUGUUCAGCAAAAACAUAACUGCCAUGUCCUGUCUAUCCUGAACUCGGGUACACUCAAGGGAAUCACCAAGCUGAUAACAGUUGGCAAAAAGAGAGCCCAAAUGAUCAUCUCUUACAGAGACUUGUGUGGACAAUUCGAGCAGGUGGAAGAUCUCAAAAAUGUUCCAGGGUUGUCUAAGAAUUUUCUGAAAAAUUUUUUGAAGGGCAAUCUUGUGCAGUGACACUCACAGGAAAACAAGGGACUUUGAACUUUUCAGAAUGCUGAAAUCAGCAGGCAGGACCCUCUCCUUCUGAAUGUUCUUCAGGUGGUUUCCGGGAAAUUUCUCUUCGAAAAUGAAAUUUCUGUUUAUCCUGGAAUUAUUUUAUGUUGGUCUAUACAUUGAAAUAUAAAAUAUAUUUAUAAUUGUGUUUAUAAACAUGUCAAUGUGAAUAAUUGCUUAAAAUGAAGGACGAACGUA